CGAAGUACCGUCCCCACACCCUACCCAACACCACCAUCGACACCUCGUGCACUAGGGGGGCAAUCCCGGCUUGCGCCCCUAGGAGAAAGACACCGGAGUGCCGAGAUAUGGACCGUAUGCUUUCCCCUCAUUUCUCGCUUCUUCAUUAUUCUCUAUCUUUAUUACCAUGCGCGUUACGUCCCGACCUCAGACCACACCAUUAGACCCCGUCUCACAACCCGAUUAGAUUGCCUGCCCAUUACUAUACACACAUCACGUCUAUAGACUACUAUACCACCUCGAACGGGGCGCAGGUCUGGGUGGCGCGUUUUAACGCCCACAUUUGUACAGGCCGGCGUCCGCCGCGUCUU